UUCCAUCCUCACAUCUCUUGAGUCCUUCACAGCUCCAGAGUUUUGUUCUGUUUAACUCCACUCUCUCCACGUCUCCUCCAUCUUACUAUCACCAUGAGCUACCACUCGACCUCCUUCUCCCGCACCACACCCAUGUCUUAUCGUGCUGCCAGCAUCUACGGUGGAGCAGGAGGUAGGGACAGCCGGAUCUCCUCUGCCACGGCUUACGGAAGCCUGCGUUCUGCCCCACUGGCCUCCUCCAUCUCCUCCUCAACUGCCUUCAAGGUGAGCUCAGGCUAUGGAUCAGGAGCAGGAACAAGCUUGAGCUCAGGACCUGGAGCCAUCCUAGGAGAUGAGAAAGGUCAGAUGCAGAACCUGAAUGAUCGCCUGGCCUCCUACCUGGAGACGGUGCGCAGGCUGGAAAAGGAAAACAGUGCACUGGAGCAGAAGAUCCGUGAGGCCAUGGAGAAAGCUGGACCGGACGCACGAGACUACAGCAAGUACAACGCCAUCCUGGACGAUCUUAGAAGGAAGAUCUUUGAGGCUACACUGGAGAACGGUCGUCUCGUCCUGCAGAUUGAUAACGCUCGCCUGGCUGCAGAUGACUUCCGGGUCAAGUUUGAGAACGAGCUCUCCAUCAGGCAGUCUGUAGAGGCAGAUAUCGCAGGUCUGAGGAAAGUCAUCGACGACACAAACAUGGGCCGCAUGAACACUGAGGGCGAGCUGGAGGCCCUGAAAGAGGAGCUUCUGUUCCUUAAAAAGAACCACGAUGAUGAAGUGGCAGAUAUGCGGAAUCAGAUCGCGCACUCGGGUGUGCAGGUGGACGUAGACGCUCCGAAGGGACAGGAUCUCGCUCAGGUCAUGGGGGAAAUAAGAGCAAAUUAUGAGAAACUGGCCAUGAAGAACGCUGAGGACCUGAAAAUGUGGCAUGAAAACCAGAUAGCAGAUGUCCAGGUUCAGGUGUCUCAGAACACAGAAGCAUUACAAGGAGCUCAGGUGGAGAUGAACGACCUGAGAAGACAAAUUCAGACGCUGGAGAUCGAGUUAGCAUCACAGCAAAGCCUGAAAGCAUCUCUGGAGGACACGCUGAGGAACACGGAGCUGCACUCCAACACUGAGAUGGAGAAAUAUAACCGCAUCGUGAUGCAGCUGGAGGCAGAACUGACCCAGCUCAGGGCAAAGAUCACAGAGCAGGGGCAGGAAUACCAAAACCUCCUCAACAUGAAGAUGAAACUUGAGGCAGAAAUCUCCACCUACAAAAUACUGCUGGAUGGAGAAGAUUUAAAGCUGCAGGAUGCUCUGGAGUAAUCAACGAGGAGCUGAAAGGGUUAAAAGCACACAGUCCCUCUUACUGAUCUCAUCAUCUGAAACAUCUCAUCAUCUCAAUAUCUAACUUUUAGGAUCUGACACAUGGAGAAAAUAAACUUUUACCCCUCAA